GCGAGCGCGAGGCUUAGGCAAGCGACAACACAACAUGGCGGGCCAGAGUGAUAGGACGGAGUUACUAGCUGCGAUAUUACUAGCGACUUUGCUCGUGGUUAUAGGCACUACCGAUGCCACAGAAGAGUUCCAUGUGUCUUAUGAUGUGAAUGUCAAUCCGUCCGCCAGUCACCAGUUUGUGAUAGAGUAUGAACCUCUGGCCAAUCAGCGCUACCGACGCCAGGCGUCAGGGUCGGGAGGACAAGGCAACGUAUCGACUGUACCUCCAACAACGACUGUGUUGAACAAUUCCAAUGCACCGGACGCCGUCACAGUGACCUCAACAAACGCUCCAUCAACCCCUGCUCCAACUACACCAGCUCCUACCACUCCUGCCCCGACUACUCCUGUGGCGACUACACCUGCUCCAUCACCCACAACUCCCUCUCCAACUACACCAAUGACCACACAGUCCACUACAAUAGCACCCGUCAUAGAGACGACCUCAGGUGUUACUGGAAGCACAAUAACCCCAUCCCUUCGGGAGGACAACCACCAGUACUACUCUUCCUCCAUCAUCCCCGACGCCAUCAGCGCCAACUGGGAGGACCUGACCAACGCCAAGAGGCAUAAGACUCUGUCAACCAGUCAUAGGACCGCUGUGACGAUUAACCUCACCUUUAAGUUCCGUUUCUAUGGACACAAUGUGACAAACAUCACGGUUGCAACAGGAGGUUUCAUCUAUGCCAGUCCCUUCCUCCACCAAUGGCUGACCGCAACACAAUACAUAGCCCCGCUGAUGGCCAAUUUUGACACCAGGAUCGGCGAGGCAUCUGACAUCUACUAUGACGACUUCGGUGACAGAUUUGCAGUCCAGUGGAAAAAUGUUGUGCUGAAGGAUCAAAACGAGACUGGUACCUUCGACUUCCAAGUUCAGCUUCAUGCAGAUGGCACUAUAAAGUUCCUCUACAAACAGUUACCGAUAAAACUGUCUGCUAUAUCCAGUCAGAACCACCCAGUGAAGAUCGGUGUGUCCGACGCCUUUUAUAUUGACUCCUACCUCAAAGCCCAGGGUAUACGACGUAGAACGAUCUACGAGUAUCACCGAGUGUCCUUCCACCCAGACCAGGUUGAGCAGGGAACCGUCAUCAUCAUGAAGCCACUGCCAACAUGCAACAUCAUCUCGGACUGCAGGAAGUGUGUGAAUCACGACUCUGAACAAGUGAAAUUUGACUGCAAGUGGUGUGGUUCACUGGGACGUUGUUCAGACGGAAUAGACUGGCACCGUGCGGAGUGGCUCAACAGUGGAUGCUCCAAGCUGGCGCUAAAUAGUACAGCCCAGUGUGAUGCAACAACUACAAGUACAACAACUGCAUCUCCAACUACUCCUACUACUACAACAACAACUACUCCUACUACAACAUCAACUACUCCUACUACAACAUCAACUACUCCUACAACUCCAGCUCCAACCACCACCACCACCACUACUACUACUACUACCCCUCCAUCUACCUCAUCAUCAGCCCCCAUUAGUGCCAGACGUUCGGAUUGUGGUGGGAAUAACACUGAAGGACUAUGCAAGGUGCCUGACAAUUUCCCUGUUGGAGCAGUUGUGGCCAUCGUCAUCCUCCUCUUGGUGGUGUUUGUGGGCGUGGGAGUGUGGGUGUUCUACGCUUACACACAUCCUACUUCAGCAUCAGGGAUGUGGCUGAUGGAGCAUCGUCCCAGCCAGAUGAAGGAGAAGAUUGCCAACAUCAAGUUCUGGAAGUCCAGCACCCCGACUGGCACAAAAUAUCAAGUGGAGUCCGAGGCAUGAGACAGCAAGGGGAGAUAACUCAAGGAGACAAUGUUCUAUUUUGCACUAUCAUAAAGGCCACAAUUUAGUUUAGUGGGUUGCGUAAAGUAAACAAUAUCAAUGUAAGACAUAUAACAUUAACAAUAAGUCAUAUUUUCAGUAUGGGGCUCUAAAUAAUGAUGUACAUGUUAUACACAGUAUCUUGAUGCUACUCUUAGUGUAAGACAAUUUUCACUUUAGGUGAGAUCUCUAGUAUUCAGACUUGGUAACAACAAUGUGCUAAUAUCCAUGGGAAUUUAUACAGAGACCAAAUUUGGGGUUUGAGAGCAGAUUUCACAGGACUUUCCACUGUGAGAUACUGACACGUAGUAUUGGUCCGUGUUUUAUGCAGCACUGUGAUUGCACCUUACAUUCAUGUUGAGUGUUACUGUAUUGCUGUGUCUAAGUGUCACCUUACAGGAGGAGAGAGGGACGAAUCAGUGUUUUCUGGUUGAUCAGUGAACGCUCAAGCAGAUGUUUCAUACAAAGCCAGCAGAGAGCUCAUGUGACAUGAUGACCUUUCGGCCAUGUUUUGGUUUUCAUCAGUUGCUGUUUACUAAAUUUAGGGACAAGUUAGUGCUCCGGGGGCUUGUCAACAGUGCAGACAACAUGGAGCUGUAAGUGUUACUUGGGCUCGUAAACAUCGCUAAAAUACAUGUAAAAACAUGGAUCGGUAGACUGGUUAACUGGUGGGCAUUCUCAUAAUGCCUACAGACAUAGGUGAGACAAUUUGCACUUUGCUUGUACAUUAAACAAAUAAUGCCAGAAAUUAGGAUACGGUAUUUUCCGAAACGGGAAUAUUUUUUACUUCUGCACUUAGUCUCCUCAAACAAAUAUGGCCGACAUGUGUCCACAGGUAUAGUGCAUGUGUACCUCAUUAUUAUAUUAUACUCUGUUCUUUGUGAAUAAGCCUUUACACAGGACACAGGAGAAACUCUCUGCUGGUGAUGUAUGUACUAGGAUUUGUAUUAUAGCCUCAACAGGUGGGUGCAGAUUAUUGUAUAUAUGAAUGUGUGUUAUUCCAAGAUGAGGUAAAAAUCUGUGAUAUUAUCAACAAUGAAGGAGCUGGCGUAACAUUGAGAUUGUCUAACUAUGUUGACAUUUUGUUCAAGACAUGAAUCGCUUUCACUAGACUGUAUAUACAACAAUGAUUUAGCAUUCAGUAAAUAUGAUACUUCUCUUAGUAAUCUGAAUACAUUUUGGCUUUCCAAAUUUUCAUGUUAAUCAUAUGUUUCACAACUAGUUGUAGGGAUAGGCUCCUGAAUGAAUUCUUUUCUUAAUUUUUGCAUCAGGUACAAGAUUUAUGGCUUUAGAACAUAUCAACUUAUUCAGACAAUGUUUGUAAGCUGCAGAUUGUUUUUUAGUUCAUUUUUAAGAAUUGAAGAUGUGACAAGAUGUUUUUAGUUUUUGAACUCUUGUUCCUGUGGAGCUUUUCCUUUAUCACAGGCACCAGACAUAUUCUACUCAAUAGAAGUUACAGAAUGCCUGAUUCUUUCAUAGUAGUAUACAUACUCAGUCAUCGGAGGGCAGAUACAGUAUAGUACUAUGAAAGAAUCGGAUACACCUAAACUUGUUUUGCGUAGUAUAUGUCUGCUUGUAGAACAAUACCUGUGUGUGAAAUGUCCAUGCCAUAAUGACACAAUAUUUUUAUAUUUAGUCAGCCUGAUGAUCUUGCUUCACCUUCAAUUUUAAACUGUGACUUACUAUGAACAUAUCAAUUUUUACGUAUUUACGCAUGUUUUUUUUAGACGUUAUAAGGUUGUUGAUCAUACCUUGUUUGCGUUUCACUUGCAAGGAACGGUGUAUCCAUGGCAGAUCUGACCAUUUUUUAUUUGCAUACAUGACACGACAUAUACAAAUCCUUUUGCACUUUUUACAAACAGAACAGCAAUAACAACCUUAAAAAAGCAAUUACGACAAAAUUAUGUUUCUUUGACUCUCCACGCACUUUCAGUAAAAACAUUAUAUUGUACUGUGUUUCGUGUUUCGAGCAACAUGCAAUGUGCAGUAGUACAGGUGAUUGUUCCACACCCAGUAGACUCAUGGUGCCUGGGAUACAAUGUGUGAACACCCACUCACUCACUCACUCACUGGCUGAUGAGUACCUGUCUACAGGAGGCCAAUGUGAACACAUUAUGGAUGCGUACAGCAUUGUUGGUGUCUAAAAGACAAGUACUUGUUAUCAAUAAUGUAUAUGGCAAUUGCUUCAGGAAUGAGGCAUACAUAUAUACGACCUCUUUACUGCACUUCCUACCACAAGAGAUUUCACUUCUCCAUGGGAAAUGCUUCUGUGAGAUUUGGUGUUGAACUAAUGAGGAAGACGAGAGUUUGUUUACAUUUCGGUUUUAUUGACACUUUUGAUGAGUUUUUGUGUUUUUGCAAUUCUACCACAUUCCUAUUUUGCUUUAUGUCCUUAACAAAAUGGGUGUUUUUGUACACCCAACAAGGGUGUUGUCUUAUAUGGAAAAGGGUGUUGGGUGUCGUGAUACACUUCACAAGGUACAUCUUUGUACAUUUUGUGAGGGUAUUACCUGACAAAGGUGUCGUGAUACUCCUAAUUGGGUGUCUUUGUACAUUUAAGGGAAAUGAUGUAUUAAACCUAACAGAAGGCUUGUCACAAUACACUUACAGAAAGGGUGUCAUAAUACACUCAGUAGGGCUGUUAUGUUUGUCACAUGUAUGAAUCUCAUCUCAGUUAAUGCUGUAUUUGUUUCCACCGUGUAGCUACCAACUCACUCACUCACUCUAUCAGAUUUGUCAUGAGCGCCUCUGUCAUUGGCUGUCUGUACAAAAUCAAACUCAAGUUUUCAAAAUCUGCUGUGAUUGGUUCUAAUUACUGGGGAUACUAGUAGCUAAACUGAACAGGUAUUAGACUC